UAGUUUAGGUACUUUGUGAAUUGAGACAACUUGUAACUGAAAUGCCGAAAUACAAAGGCCGUAUAUGGUCAUAUUUCAAAGAGGUUGACAGAAAUGGUAAAAGUAAUUUUUUGUGUAUAUUUUGUGGUAUGUCGUAUACAAAAAAUGCCACACGAAUGCAAUCUCAUUUGAAAAAAUGUGCCAAAUGCCCCCCGCACAUUAAGAAGUCGUUUGAAUUGCAAUAUUCGCGCUCGUCAUCAAGGGCAUCGCAUUCCACAGGUGAGUUUAAUCAACUUUACGCGAUUGCGGGUAUGAGAUGACGCAACGCAAUAUUAUUAAACAAUUUCAGAAAUUGAUGCAAGUUCAGAUAGAUCUUAUUCUGGGUCGUCUGUAACCACAGAAAGUAGUAUUUUAAGGAAUUUUGUUGAUUCUAUCGAUGACAAUACCAAGAAACAACUAGAUAGAAAACUAGCAAAAGCAAUUUACUGUUCUGGCUGUCCACUUCGUAUUGAUAGAAAAUUCUUACUGGCAAAAUUUCUUCAAGUCUAUACGACCAUCCUACCAAAUGCCAUCCAGAUAUCAGAUAUCAAAUAAACUUCUGAAUGACGAGUACGAAUCUAUAAAAUUUGAUGUAUAUGCAAAAAUUAAACAAGCCUCUACAGUUGCGAUUCAGUGCGACGGAUGGUCAAAUAUUAGAAAUGAGGCCGUAAUAAACUUUAUUGUUACAACACCAAAACCGGUUCUCUUUAAAACAAUGACAACUGGCGCGGAACGUCACACGGGAGAGUACAUAGCCGAAGAAUUAUUGAAAUGUAUUGCGGAAGUCGGUGAGGAAAAAAUUUUCGCUGUUGUUUCUGACAAUGCCACUGCCAUGGAGAAGGCAAAAAAAAUUGUGACUACGAAAUAUCCGUACGUAACUGGAUAUUCCUGCGCGGCCCACACCAUCAAUCUCUUAGUGGAAGAUAUCAUGAAGCUACAGUCUUUAAAGAAUGUGGAGUCUUCAUGUCGAGCACUUAUUAAUGAAAUAAGGGGGUCGCAUAUAAAUCAGGCAACUUUCAAUAAAAUUCAAAUUGAAAAGUAUGGUAAAGUAACUAGUUUAAAAUUGCCUGUGAAAACAAGAUGGGGAUCCAUCUUAUAUUGUUUGAAUAGCCUCUUAAUUACUAAACAAGCUCUGCAACUUCUUGUAAUAAGCCAGGACGGUGAAGGAAUCAAGUUGUCAAAAACUACUAGGCAUCAUAUUCUGGACAACGAUGUUUUCUGGAUUAGGUUGGAGAAAAUUAAAAGUAUAUUAGAACCCAUUGUAAAAUGGAUUACUUUACUGGAAGGAGAUUCUGCUAAGAUGUCACAAGUUUAUGUGGCGGUGGCUGAAAUAGAUGCAUGCAUAAAAACGAAUGUAAAAGCAUUACCAGUUUCUUCUUCUGAAGAAAAGGAGUUAAUUACAUUAUUUGAAAAGCGAAAAUGUAUGAUGUUAAAGCCUAUACAUUUGUCUGCCUAUUUACUUGAUCCACAUUACUGUGGACAAGAGUUGAGCAAUGAGCAACAUGUAACUGCAAUGCAGUUCAUAGAUUCAACAUUAUCUAACCAUCCGCAGUUUCAACAGCACAAACAAACUAUUUGCGUGGAAUUAACUAAUUAUCUAGCAAAAUCGGACAUGUGGAGUGUGGACUUUGUGUGGCAAGUCGCAUCAAAUACUGAUAGUAUUGCCUGGUGGCAAGGCAUAUGCAACAAAACAAAUCUAAAGGAUUUGGCGGUCGCUAUUAUAGGACUCUCGCCGUCUUCUGCAGCAACCGAAAGGUCAUUUAGCACAUACUCGGUUUUGCACUGUAAAAGAAGGAACUUGCUGACUUCCGAGAGAGCUGGAAAACUGCUUUAUGUCUCUCAUAACUCGAAGUUGUUAGACGGAGAAACCAGUUAUAAUUUUAAUUAUGUUUAUGACAAUCCUAUUCCAAAUGUAUUAUUACUUGGAGAAAAAUCAGCACCAACUAUUAGCCUAGUCAAUGAACCUUCAACUUCCAAAGAAGAAGAAAGAAAUACUUCAAAGUCUAUUCCAACAGUUCCAUUAGAGUCCGAUUCUGAUUCGGAAUCAGAUUCUGAAAAUGAAUGUGAAAUUUCUAUUCAUGAUUCAAAUUCUAGUAUUGGUGCUGAAGAGUUUUCUGAUCUAGAUGAUUCGGAUUCUAAGCAAAAAUGA